AUGGAAAAGGCUUCAAGAUGGAUCCAGUACUUCAAAGAUGUGCUCAACCGGCCAGAGUUAAAUGAGAUUGAAGACCUAGACCCUUCAGAUUAUCGCAAUGUUAAUGCCAACCAACCCUCUCAGGUUGAAGAUGACACUGCAACCAAGGCAAUGAAGAAUGGAAAAACUCCAGGGAUUAAUUCACUUCAAGCAGAAGAGGCCAUUUGCACUAAGAGGUCAUGUGCCAUCAUUUUUAUUAAAAAGAAAGUUGUAUGAUUUUGCCUUCAAAAAACCGUCAGUGGGUCAUAUCUUAAACAAAAUAAUAGUAAUUUAGUUUUUCAAACUUGAACCAUUUUCUGAAAAUGAGUAAGUUCACAGCUGGUCAUGUGACCAAACUGUGAUUUUUAAAACUAUGAAUAACCUCUUUCAGAACAGAAAUUUUGCACUUAAACUUCAAGGAAAUUGUUGAAAAGAUGAUGUGGAAACAUUUUCAGCACAUCUGAGCGUAACUAUCAAACGUUUAACAAGAUAGAAGCAAAAAGUAGUUUUGGCCACCAUGUUGGAGGGCAAGAGUAUCCCCUCCAACAUGGUGGCCGGUACAAAUCAUACUACUUUGUUGAAAAAUCAAAGUGCCAUAAAAUAUCUCCCUGAAAUGCGUUUCCUCUCAAAUUUCGGGUGUAAGAUAAUUUCUAUGUGCUCCAUCAAUUUUUUUGCAUCAGCAAGAUUGCAACUCCUAGGUUAAAGGAAGCAUUGAUCACGUGACCUCUUAGUGCAAGUGGCCUAUUACUAAACUCAGAUGGUUCUUUCUGAUAUCUUUGCUAAGAUCUGAAACCAUGAAGUUAUUCCUAAAGACUGGAGCAUCGGCCUUAUAAUUAUUCAAGAUUUCGAAGAUGGGGGACCUCAGCAAUUGUGAAAACCGGUGAGGCAUUACACCUCUUUAAAUUCCCAGCAAGGAUUGAUAGUGCCAUAGAUUCAAAGUUGAGGCAGGAAUAGGCUGGAUUUCAUAAAGGCCGAGGCUGCGCAGAUCAAGUCUUUGCUCUUCUUAACAACAUUGAGCAGUGCAUUGAAUGGAAUAAUGCCUUUUUAUGAACUUCAUUGACUUCAUCAAGUCUGAUGUAUGACAGGGUUGUAUUCUCUCUCCAAUCUUGUUUCUAGUAGCCAUCGACCUGGUGAUUCAUGAAUUAACCUCAUACUGUCCCUAUGGAAUCCAGUGGACUUGUGUUCUCACAUUUGUUGGACCUUGACUUUGCCGAUUGAUGAACUGGCAGUCAUGUUGGCCACUCUUAGUCAUCUCUUCGAAAAAUGCAACUCGCUAAGCAAUUUUGCCCUAAGUGAUAAGUAAGUGUUAAUGUUGGCCUAGGGGAGGGGUAGGUGGGCGCAGGAAGUCCCAAAUGCCCAUAGAGACAUCACAGUCCACCUUAACAAAGCUAGAGGAAGUCUAAGCAAUACAGCCUCAAAACCAAGAUCAGGCUUUACAACAGCAAUGUCAAGGCUGCUCUUUUGUGUGGCUCUAAGUACUGA